AUGCCUAUGAAUGCAUAUUUAGUUUUAGUUUGUGUAGCCUUUGGCGUUAGAAAUUGUCUUGAUGGGAUGUGUGGUUUAUUUAUCUUGUGUUUACGUAGAAUCUGCAAAGGUGUCCAUUGCAUUUGUAAAAUCUGGAAAGGUACUUGGCUUUCAAUCACUCCUACAUUGAAGUCUGUUCAUUCCAAAGGCAAUCAGCUUUCUGUCCCUAAGUCAAAGUUGAGGAUGAAUCAUCCUAAUCUCGUAUUGAACUCGCAUAAGCCAUAUUUUUUGUCAGCAGAAUAUAAAGAAACUAGGUACUUAGAUCCUUCUUCUUGUUAUCUAAAGCUGUUGUCCGUCACAAAUAAACUAGACUUUCGGCUGGCAAAAGUCUCCUCAUCAACCUCAGUUUACAGGGAAUCUCACGCAAGAAUACUAAACAAUCUUUAUGUGGUGAGGUCUUUUCCCAAGUAUUGCUCGAUAACAUUAGAUAUCAGAGUUUUAUCGAGUCAAAUCAUUAAUUUUUGUAGUUUGGCUAACUUCUUCUAUAAACAUCCCAAAGGUCGUGAGGUUCAUGCAGGGCCAUUGGAUGAUGAAUCCCAUGACCAUGAUUUUGUGAGAAAGGUUCUGAGAAGACCUACAAGGGAAGACUGUCGGCAUGAAGCAGCAGAGAAGAUGCUGAGGAGCGUUCUUCAACAACGAAGAUUGAUAAAAUUCCUUCCUUUUGGUUUUCUCUUCUCUUUUCUCCUUCAAAUGCUUAUCCCCACUUUACAUGUGGUUUGUGGGGUUGCAAGAAAAUUUAUUAAAUUGAUUUGUCUGCUAAAGUCCCAUUUCUUAAAGUCUUAA